GAUGGAGGGAUGGAGGUAUAUUAAGAGUACCAGUAUAACUAGUUGCUUAAAAAACCAGAUAGAAAGAGAAAGCUUUCAGAACAGUGUAUCACAAUGUGGCGUGUGGUACUCCUCGCAGUUUCCUCUGUGUGUCUCUCCCAUGCUGCACUACCUCUACCUUCCUACAUCAAGCCAUGUGCGCGCACUGACCCGGAGUUCAACAAGUGCGCCUUGAAGAGCGGCAGGGAAGCUAUCCCGCAAGUCAUAAAAGGUGACCGGAAGUACAAAGUACCACAGCUGGAUCCUCUUUCAAUUGAAGAACUGAAGAUAGCAGAUGACGGUUCGAGUCGGGUUGGCCUGAGUCUGGUCAUGAAGAACGCCAAGGUUUACGGCAUGAGGAACAGCGAACUACAGGAGACGAAUUUCGACUUCGUGAAAAAACACAACCACCACGAGAUGGUAGUCAGCCACGCUGAGAUUAUCGGCAAAUACGAAGUCAAUGGGCGAGUACUGCUCCUGCCAAUAACCGGGAGCGGGGACAUCAACAUCACCCUGGAAAACACCAAAGUUACAUAUGACCAUGAUUACACACUAGAACCUGUGAAUGGUCAGAUCUUCAUGGUAAUAAAAAACCCCACGGCCAAAGUGACACCAGUGAGAGCGUACUUCCAUCUCACUAACCUCUUCAACGGGGACCCAGUUCUCGGAAACCACAUGAAUAAUUUCCUUGAUGAAAACUGGAGAGACGUGUACAAAGAACUGUCUCCAGCUGUGAUCACAGCCUUCACAGAGAUCAUCACCGCAAUUUUGACAGGAAUUUCAAACGCAGUGCCUUUCGACGUGGGGUUCCCAGAGAAACUGCCGUCAGAUUGAUCAGUGUUACCUGUUUUGAAAGUGGCUGCCAUUGGACAGGCAUCUCAUGUCUUUAUUCAGACCCUCCAGCCAAUCCUGAUGAAAAAUCAUGAAACUGCUAACUCUGCUUAUCCAAAUCAUAAUUCUGUAAUCCUGCAUUUCUAUGACAUAGAACUUGUUUUGUUGGAAAAGCUUUGUUAAAUAUAAAUAAUGAGCUGUCAAGGAAGCCGGAAAGGAGAUAUCUGACGAUGGAUAAGGAAAAUGCAUGCCUUAUUGCUCUGAAGUCAUUUAGUAAAUAAAAUAAUGAUAAGGAAAAGGAUAUACGUAAAUACAUUUCCUCAGAUGCGAUAUAGCUUGGUUUAAUGUGGAUUACUUCACUUAAUCCAUGAGGAUGUUUGCCUGAUUGUGGUACAAAUCUGUGAAGCCUUGGUAUUAAAAAGACGUAAAUGCGUAAACAUGAUAUAUAAGAAUGUCAGAUUGGUAACACUGUAAUAUUUUGGAUAUACAAGUACCAACUUAAAAUAAGAUAUUUUGGAAAUUAGUACAUAUACUGAAUUUGAAUAAUAAAGAAAUCCAUAGAAGUCGCACA